AAAGAGAACCCGCGUAUACACUUUAUACAAGAAAAAAAAAAAACCCUAAUUUCCACUUCCUUUCCUUCCCUUUCUUCCCCCUCUUAUAAAUUCCUUUCUUCCUUCUCUUUCUCAUCUCAUAAAUUCAUUCCUUUUUUUCUCUUAUAGCCUAUGUCUCAAAGACCCAAUACUCCACACUUUUCAUCUAUAGCUUUUGGCCUUCAUUCCCAUCUCCUGGUUUCCAGUGAGAUGAACUCUAACUCCAAUUGGUCUUGAAAAUAUCAAAUUCUUUGUGAUCCUAUUUAGUCGGCGGUGCAGUAAAGCUCCCGCUAUUCUAAUUAACCUUCUUUUGUAGCACACUAACACAAGCUCUUGCUAUUCUUGUUAGUAUUCUUUUGUAGCACUUUUGGAUCUUUAUAUUGUUGUUUUUGUAGAGCUUCCUGAAUAUCUCGAGAAUGGGUGUUAAAGGAUUUGUUGAGGGAGGUAUUGCUUCGAUUAUUGCUGGGUGUAGUACACAUCCUCUAGAUUUGAUCAAGGUUCGUAUGCAGUUGCAGGGUGAAACCCUAAACAAAGCUCCUGCUCCGCACACCGUUCAUAAUCUCCGUCCAGCACUUGCCUUCCAUGGUGGUGGUGGUGCUGCUGCUAGCCAUGGUAAUAUCCACGUCUCGGGGCCAAUGGUACGACCGACGAGUGUGGGACCAGUUGCUGUUGGUGUGAAAAUUAUACAGCAGGAAGGAGUGGCUGCACUUUUCUCCGGUGUAUCGGCGACUGUUCUCCGGCAGACGCUUUAUUCUACGACCCGAAUGGGGUUGUACGAUAUGCUGAAGCAGAAAUGGUCUGAUCCGAAUAAGAGCAACAUGCCUCUGUCGAGGAAGAUUAUCGCCGGAUUAGUGGCCGGUGGGAUCGGAGCUGCGGUUGGGAACCCUGCUGACGUGGCAAUGGUGCGAAUGCAAGCCGACGGCCGGCUCCCAUUGGACCAGAGAAGGAACUACAAAAGCGUAGUUGAUGCAAUUACUCAGAUGAGUAAAAGCGAAGGCGUUACUAGCCUGUGGCGCGGUUCAUCACUUACCGUGAACCGCGCCAUGCUAGUAACUGCGUCGCAGUUGGCAUCGUAUGAUCAGUUCAAGGAAAUGAUCUUGGAAAAAGGGCUGAUGAAAGAUGGUCUAGGGACCCACGUGACGGCGAGCUUUGCAGCUGGAUUUGUGGCUGCAGUAGCCUCAAAUCCAGUCGACGUGAUUAAGACACGUGUCAUGAACAUGAAGGUGGAGCCGGGAAUGGCUCCACCGUACAGUGGGGCCCUUGAUUGCGCUGUGAAAACGAUCAAAGCCGAGGGCCCCAUGGCACUUUACAAGGGGUUCAUUCCAACAAUCUCAAGGCAAGGACCAUUUACUAUUGUGCUCUUUGUUACAUUGGAACAAGUCAGGAAAAUGCUCAAGGAUUUUUGAUGAUGAUGACGAAGACAAAAAUAAUUUUAGUAUUAAGAAUUUAAAAAAAUGUUUAGUUUAUUUAAUGUUUUAAGUUUUUAAUUUGGGGGUUAAGUUUGGGAGAAGUAAUACUAUGUUAUUUUCUUGUUUUGUUAUUGUCACUUCUAUAUAAAAAAAAUAAGUUCUCUUUUGGUA